AGGGAUCCCGGGCUCUGCUGGGGACUAUAUAAACAUGUGAGCAGUUAGGUGAGCACUGACUUCGUGACAGUGUGGCCCCUUGGAGGACUUGCCUCUGACAUCAGCCUUUGAGAAUCCUGGAUAGAGGAUCAUCCUUCUUUGUACUUUGAGAGCUAGGACCCAGUUGUGAGAAGCACAGGGUCUGCUCCACUGAGGGGACUUCUCAGGAUUCCUCAGCAUUCCAGGCUGGAGCUUCCUCUUCUGAGUUCCAGAAUCUUCUGCAAUAAUGCAAAGACAGCUGAGCCAAACGUAAGGUAACCCAAUCUCCAGUCGCCACAGCCACAUUCCUGCUGCUGUUUCAGACCAGAGCCGCUGUACUCAGUGGAUAAAAGGGUGCCUGCAUCACCAGAUCUCCUGCACAUUCAUCAUGCAUAGGCAGCAAAAGAGAAAGCUUCCUACUGCUGAGAAAGUCUGCCUGGGUGUAGGGGACACCCAGGUAAUGCAGGAAGCUCAGUGCAUUCCUACAAAGAAGAGACUAUUACGCUCUUUAUCUUCUUUUUCUGCAGGGGUUACCACUCAAAUAGGUUCUACUUCUCAGGCACAAAGCCCUCCAGAGGGAUCUCAGCAAGAAGUCUGUAGCACCAAAGCUACACAUGAAUCAAACAUAAGAUCAGAAAAAGCAGGAAAAUCCAAAAGUAAGAAAAAACAAAAGGCUCUCACCAAGAUGGCAAGAAUUGUGGAAGUUCAGGCUACUGCUACCAAGAAGAGAAAGUUAGGCUCUUCAACUCCUCCUACACAGGUUACUACGGAGACCGAUUCUGCUUCUCAGUCACAGAGCCCUCCAGGGGGAUCUCAGGGAGAAAUUUCUACCAGUAAAACUACACAUGAAUCAAACCUAAAAUCAGAAAACGCAGAAAAAGCCAAAACUAAGAAAAACCAAAAGGCUCUCAGCAAGAUGGCCAGAACUUUGAAUGUUCAGGCGCCUGGUACCAAGAAGAGAGUAUUACGCUCCUCAUCUCUUCCUGCAGAGUUUACUCCUGACACAGAUUCCAGUUGUCAGUCACAGAGCCCUCCAGAGGGAUCUCAGGGAGAGGUUUCUACCAGUAAAGCUUCACAUUUAUCAACCCUGAGAUCAGAAAAAGCAGGAAAAGCCAAAACCACGAAGAAGGAGAAGGUUAUCACCAAGGUGGCCAGAACUUUGAAAGUUCAGGCUGCUGCUACCAAGAAGAGAAAGUUACGCUCUUCAUCUCCUGCAGAGCUUACUCCUGACACAGAAUCCAGUUCUCAGUCACAGAGCCCUCCAGAGGGAUCUCAGGAAGAGGUUUCUACCAAUAAAGCCACAGAUGACUCAAACAUAACAUCAGAAAAAGAAGCAAAAUGCAAGACUAAGAAAGAAGAAAAGGCCCUCACCAAGAUGGCCAGAACUUUGAAAGUUCAGGCUACUGCUAUGAAGAGAAACUUACGCUCUUCAUCUCGUCCUGCUCAGAUGGCCACUACUGCAGAAGUUAAGGCGGCUGCUACCACAAAGAGAAAUUUACGUUCUUCAUCUCGUCCUGCACAGGUUACUCCUGAGACUGGAUCUGCUUCUCAGUCACAGAGCCCUCCAGGGGAAUCUCAGGGAGAAGUUCCUAGCACUGAAGCUACACCCGCAGCAAACCCAGAAUCAGAAAAACAAAGAAAACCGAAAAAAAAGCCAUUCUCCAAGGUGGCCGGUGAUUUGGUGAAUCACAUCAUUGAAAUGUACCAAAUGAAAAAGCCAAUUAUGAAAAAAGCUAUGUUGAAGGUUAUUGAUAAAAAGCAUAAGAAACGCUUCCCAAAACUACUGAGAAGAGCUACCUUCAACAUAGAAGUAGUGUUUGGCAUGGAAUUAAAGGAAGUUGAUGCCACCAAAAGCUCUUAUAACCUUGUCGACAAAAUGAAUCUCCCCUACAAUGGCAUGGUGAGUCGUGGCAAGGGGUUUCCCAAGACCGGUUUCCUGAUGCAUCUUCUGGGAUUGAUCUUCAUGAAGGGUAACUCUGCUACUGAGGAGAAUGUCUGGGAAUUCCUGAACAAAAUGAAAAUAUAUGACGGACAGAAACACUUCCUUUUCGGGGAGCCCAGGAAGCUCAUCAUGAAUGAUCUAGUGAGACUGAAAUACCUGGAGUACCGCCAGGUGCCUGACAGUGACCCUCCUCACUACGAAUUCCUGUGGGGCCCAAAAGCCUAUGCUGAGACAAGCAAGAUGAAAGUCCUGGAGCUUUGGGCCAAGAUCAAUGAUACCGUCCCCAGUGCCUUUGAGGCCAGGUAUGAAGAGGCUUUGAGAGAGGAAGAACAAGAAGCUGAUGUCAUAGUUUCACUCAGUGAUAGCACUGAAGACACACAGAGUGAACGUUCCAUUCCAGAGGUUAUCACUCUUCCCACAGUUAUCGAAGUUGAUGAAGAAGAAGACGAAGAAGAGAUUAUAGUCUGUGAUUGAAGAGAGCAGACAAUGCUCUCAGCAGUAAAGUGUAGCAGUGUAUGGACGGAACAGAGUGCAGCAUUAGUUUCUGUUCCUACUUCACAUGGGCAAUUUAGAGAUUUAUCUGCAAAUAUAUUUACAUAAAUAUAACAACAUUUCUAUUGCUGAGUUCAUAAUCUAAGCCUCUGAAACAUUGUUGUCACAUUUGUGUUUAACCUUUUGUUGUUUUGUAUACCAUGUUAAAGCCUUCAUCACCAUUACUGAUGCAGUGAAGAGAACACAAAUUUUAAUAAAUUUUCUUCUAGAAAGUAAGAAUAGUAGAAAUGUACCUGAAGUAGAGAAUUGGGAAAUAUUUCAGGUGGCUACUAUUUAGCUCUGUCAUCUAUUAUAUCUAUAUAUAAAUAA